AUGUCAAUAAAAAUAAAAAAAGUACUGGAUAACAAGCCGGAUGAGACUCGCAAUCCUGUGAAACUCAUUCUUCUUGGCGACAGUGCGGUGGGAAAGUCAAAGCUGGUGGAGCGGUUCUUAAUGCAGCGUUAUGUUCCUGUGCAGAUGUCAACCUAUGCCCUCACACUAUUUCACUAUGACUUCAUUGACGAGAAUGAUGAGCAGGUGGAUGUUGAUAUUUGGGAUACUGCAGGACAGGAACGGUUUUCCACCAUGCAUCCUGCCUACUACCAUAAUGCGCAUGCGUGUAUUUUGGUAUUUGAUAUCACACGCAAGGCCACAUACAAGAAUCUGGAAAAGUGGCUUGGUGAGUUACGCAACUAUCGUGAGCACAUCCCUUGUAUUGUGGCCGCCAACAAGAUAGAUACAGACCCGUCCGUGAUGUCAAAGGCCUUUGCAUUUGUAGAUAAACAUAAUCUCCCGCUACACUAUGUUUCUGCUGCUGACGGGACGAACGUUGUGCAGCUUUUCGAGGCAUCCAUAGGAACAGCAGUGAAUUACAGAAAGAAUCCAAAGAAUGAGGAUUUUAUAACACACGUGCUUGGAUUCAUCAAGGAAGGAGAAAAGAAGGAAGGAGAAAAGAAGGAAGAGGCAGCGACUGCGGCCCCAUAG